GAUUGUUGUCAAAACUUCAACAUUUGGCUCUACAUGGUAAUAGUUUUACAGGUACUAUCCCACCAUCCCUAUCUAACAUAUCUUCAUUGCAGCGUCUUAGUUGUAGUUUUAACCAGCUUUCUGGCUCCAUACCUUCCUCCAUCUUCAACAUUUCUACCUUGCAAGAAAUUUAUCUCGGAAGGAACAAGCUUUCGGGCCCGAUGCCCUCCAUUUUCUUCGACCUCCCCUCACUGCAAAUCAUUGAUCUUGCUUAUAAUGAUCAGCUGUCUGGUGUACUACCAAUGGAUAUGUUUGAUCAUCUUCCGAACUUAAACAGGCUUUCUAUCGUUCGAAAUCAGUUUUCUGGAGAACUCCCAUCCACUUUGUUCAAGUGCACACAGCUACAAGUUUUGUCGUUGUCGUUUAAUAAUUUCAGCGGAAGAGUACCCCCAGAGAUAUGGAAUUUAACCAUGCUUGCAUUUCUAGACCUUAACAACAACAACUUUGAAGGUGCUAUCCCAUCUGCUUUGUUCAACUGCAAACAGCUGCAAUCUUUAUCAUUAUCCCACAACAAUUUCACAGGAAGAGUACCCCCAGAAAUAGGGAACUUAACCAUGCUUGCAGGAUUAUAUCUUGGCUUCAACAACUUCAAAGGUGCAUUACCAAGAGAAAUUGGCAAUCUACAAAAUCUAGAGGUUUUCACUCUCGCAAACAGUAGUAUUGCUGGCUCAAUACCAUUUGGGAUCUUCAAUAUCUCAACAAUGCAAUAUCUUGCAAUGGAAUUCAAUAACCUCUCAGGCCAUCUUCCACCCAAUAUUGGCCUCUUUCUUCCGAAUCUUCAGGAGAUUUCUUUGGCAAACAAUGAAUUAACUGGAACAAUUCCAAGUUCUAUCUCUAAUGCUUCACAGCUCACUCAUCUAGACUUGUCUUCGAACUCAUUUUCUGGUUUGAUUCCUAAAACAUUAGGGAACUUAAGGUUCCUUCAGCUUCUCCACCUAGGAAUCAACAAUAUGACCUUAGAAUCUCCGGAUUUGUUCUCUUCUUUAUCGAAUUGCAUAUAUCUCAGAGAGUUAAAUUUGUUCAAGAAUCCGCUUGAUAUCAUCCUUCCCAAUUCUGUUGGAAACCUCUCUCGCUCUCUGCAAAAUCUUUAUCUAUCUAAUUGCAGUAUUAAAGGUGGAAUUCCCAUAGAAACUGGUAAUUUAAGUAGCUUGUCAGUUUUAAGCCUUUCCUACAAUAAACUGGAAGAACCUAUUCCGAAUACAGUAGGAAGAUUACGCCUGCUGCAAGGUCUGUACCUUGAAGGUAAUAGACUGAAAGGCCCGAUCCCAUCUGAUCUCUGUCACUUAACCAAUUUGGUUGAUAUUGGUUUUGGCGGUAAUUUGCUUUCUGGACACAUUCCUGCAUGCAUAAAUAAUCUAACUUCAUUGAGAAAUCUCUAUCUAGGCGCCAACCAACUAACUUCUACAGUUCCUUUGAGCUUGUGGAGCCUUACAUAUCUCUUGGAAGUCGACCUGCAAUCAAAUUCUCUUAGUGGUUCUCUUUCAUUAGAGAUUGAAAAUAUGAAGACCCUGAGAUUAUUGUAUCUGUCAAGAAAUCAAUUAUCCGGUUUUAUCCCAGAAACCAUUGGUGGGCUACAAGAUCUUGCUAACCUAUCCUUGGCAGCCAAUCAACUAGAAGGCUCAAUUCCAGAAUCUUUUGGUAAAAUGGUAAGUUUAGAGUUCUUAGAUCUUUCUGGGAACAAGUUAUCUGGAGAGAUUCCCAAGUCCUUAGAAGCACUUCGAUAUCUCAACUAUCUAAAUCUAUCUUUCAAUAAACUUCGAGGAGAAAUUCCUAAAGGAGGAUUGUUUGUAAACUUAUCAGCUACGUCGUUUAUGUCAAAUGAUGCACUUUGUGGUGAUACUCGGCUGCAAGUUCCACCAUGCAAAAGAAAGGCCACAGGAUCAGCACAUAUACUUAAAUAUGUACUACCAACAAUUGGGUUAAUGGUACUUAUAGUGUUUCUUGCAUUACUCUCAAUGAGACAUAGGAAGAGGAAUGUCAGAUCGUCAGGUGGUCUAGAAAUAUCCCCAUUAGCAACAUUGAGAAGAAUUUCGCAUCAAGAAAUUCUGCAAGCAACAGAAGGAUUUAGUGUAAACAACUUACUUGGAAAAGGGAGCUUUGGAUCUGUUUACAAAGGAACACUCUUAGAUGGCACGAAUGUUGCAAUAAAAGUUCUAAAGUUGCAAGUAGAGGGGGCAUUCAAAAGUUUUGACGUAGAAUGUGAGGUAUUACGGAAUAUUCGUCACAGAAAUCUCAUCAAAAUCAUUAGUGCUUGUAGUAACAUGGACUUCAAAGCCCUUGUAAUGGAAUACAUGCCUAAUGCAAACCUUGACGUAUGGUUGUACCAUGAGAGCCGCCAUUUGAAUAUGUUACAACGGCUAAAUAUAAUGAUUGAUGUGGCAAUGGCACUAGAAUACCUCCAUUUGGGUUACUCAACACCUAUUGUUCAUUGUGACUUAAAGCCUAGCAAUAUCUUAUUAGAUGAAGAUAUGGUUGGACAUGUUGCUGAUUUUGGUAUUGCCAAACUCUUAAGUGACGGGGUUUCUCUCACGCAAACCAUGACUCUUGCUACUAUUGGUUAUAUGGCACCAGAGUACGGAUCUGAAGGUAUUGUUUCUACAAGAGGCGACGUUUAUAGCUAUGGUAUCUUAUUGAUGGAGACUUUCACGAAAAAGAAGCCUACAGAUGAUGUAUUUACGGGUGAAGUGAGCUUGAAACGUUUGGUAGAAGAAUCGUUAUUCCUUUCAAUAAUGGAAGUCGUUGAUAUCAAUUUAUUGGGAGACAACAUUGAUUAUUCUGUUAUGGAGAAUUGCUUGUCCUCCAUUAUGGGAUUGGCUUUGAACUGCAGUGCAGAUUCACCUGAACAAAGGAUUGAUGUAAAUAGUGUUUCAGCUAAACUGCAGAAGAUCAAACAAAAGUUUCUACAGGAUAUUGCAGGAGGCUAACGUUAGAGUGUCAAGUUUGUUUAUAACCAUUACUUCGCCUUCCAAAUAAUGAUUGCAUGUAGUGAUGUACGUUUGUAAAUCAGUUUCAAAGCUAUGAUUAGGACUGUUAAACUGGGUCUUCCAUAUAUUAGAAUAUGAUUUAGAGUGAUGGUUUUUGAUUGUUAAUUGUUGUUUGUUGGUUUUGUUUGGUCUUAGUUUGUUUGUGUAUUGUUUAGAUUGAUUUGAAUAAUGGACGUUUUAAUACCAGGUUUGGGAUUUUAUUAUUAUUGUAA